GCAAAAAUUUAGAAAACCAAAGCAUCCAGGAAUCUGAUAGUCAAACAGUAACCACUACAGAUACAGUCUUCUCUGAAGCUAAAAACGCAGAAACCAGUUGGGCUGCACAAAUAGAGGAGAUAGAAGAAGCAAAACUAAAGAACGUGGAGGCAGAGACUUCCCAAGUGCCUCAAAGAACACGUAAAACCACAGCCAACUCAAAAACAAACCACGUUCAAACAAAUAACAAAACAAACGCGUACCAAACAACAAAUGGAACAAAACAACCCAACACCACUGAGGUCGACCACCAAAAACAAACUGAGACACGUAGUGUAAAUACGAAAGCAACAACAUCAAAGUCCAACGAAACCGCAAGCCCAGACACAGAACACGUGUCUGAUGAAAACGACCAAUCAGCAAACAGUACUUCUCCAAGUCACGAGAAGACUCCUGAAUUUACCA